GCGAAGGGCUUUAUGUAUUGAGGCUGCCACUUGAGAAACACCUUACGAGCUUCCGGUCUCUCCCACCACAGUCACUCAUUUUCGCAAGCCUAGUGCUGCUGCCACUCGUUUGAUACGAUCCACUACAGUCAUUACUAUCACUGCUAUCACGGAGUACCGAAGACGUUCCAUAUACCCAAAAACGAUCAACUUGACAUAAGCUUAAAUCAACAUGAAGUCGACAAUCUUCUCCAUCAUCCCCCUUGUGGGCUUUGCCCUCGCCCAGGAAGGCUGCACUAGGCGAACUGUCACCAAGACUGAGACAGAGAAGACAUACGUCACAGUCCAGCCCAGCCCUGUGCCCAGCGAUAUCACUAUCACCAGCACAAUCGACAUCACCACAACCAUCACUGUCCGCCCUUCGUCUUCAAUUAAGGCAACAACGACCGGUCUCCACUGGGGAAGCUACGCCAACGGAACCUACAACAACCAUACUGGUCGCCCUCAGCCAACCCUCUCCUCUGUCUCCCUCGACUACACACUCUCUACCGUCACUGAGACACCUGCGCCCACGUACGCUCCUGGACAGGGCUACGGCUCGUCCAGUGAGACCAGCGAGGCUGCCAUCCCUACCUCUGAGACUCCUGCUGUAGCUGAGUUUUCCUCUGUCUACGAGGCUCCUGCUGCCUCUUCCACCGUCAGUGCCGUUGAUGCCCAGGCUACAUCCGCUGCCGGCUCCAAGCGUGGUCAAGCUACCUUCUACGGCGGCAAUACCGACGGAGGCAAGUGCUCCGUCAGCGGCCCCUCCGGCAACAAGAUCACUGCCAUGAUCGUCGAUGAGUGCCCCGGCUGUGGCACCAACCACCUCGACCUGUUCGAAGCCGGUUUUACCAAGCUUGCUGACAAAGCCGAGGGUGUGAUCUCCAUCAGCUGGGAUAUCGUGCCCUGCGGCAUCACCUCGCCCAUCGUGCUCAAGAACAAGGAAGGCACCAGCGCCUACUGGUUCAGCAUGCAGGUCCAGAACGCUAAUGUUGCUGUUGCGUCGCUUGAGGUUUCGACUGAUGAUGGCAAGACGUGGCAGCAGACGCAGCGCCAGGAGUACAACUACUUUGAGAACUCGGCUGGUUAUGGAACGGAGACUGUGGAUGUCAAGGUUACGAGCACCAGCGGCGAGAGCAUUGUUGUCAAGGAUGUCAGCAUUGCGCCAAAGAGCACGAAGACUGCCGCUAGCAACUUCUCGUAG